AUGAUAUCAAUGCGCAAUUGUCAUCGAUCUAUUCCUAUCGUCUACACUACAAUAAAUAGGACCAGUUUUGCCACCUUCACAAGGUUUUACAGUACUGACCUAGAAAAGUUAAAACGACAGUCAGAUUAUAACGAAGCUGAUAAUUCAGUUUUAAACACAGGAGUAAUUGAUAAGUCGAAAUCAGAGGUAUUAGUCUAUUAUGAUAGUAUUUAUCCUCAUACAACUGGGUUUAUGAAACGAUAUUUCUUUUGGUUAACUUUCCCUACCAGUAUAACAGAUACUCAAUUGUUAGAAAAGAUCAAAAAUCUUUCUUCCCCCUUACAUGAAGAAGCUAAAAUUACUGAAUUUAUACCUGUUAAACGAGAUUUUGGUGCGUUUGUCAAAUAUAACAUUCCAACUGAAUCAACAGCUUCUGAAUUAAUUGACCAAAUAAGAAAUAAUGUGGAACAAGUAAGAGCAUCAAAGGGAAUCUUUUCUAGAGUAUUCAAUUUAAUCUGGAAUCAUGAUCCAAAAGUAUUUACUGUAAAGGGAACACCUUGGAUUGAAGAUUUGAGAAGGUAUCCGAGCUCCAAACUAGCUGUCAAAUACGAUGGUAAGAAUCCUUUGACAGAAGAAGAGCUUUAUGUUUUAUUUAGAAGGUAUGGACCCAUUAAUGAUAUUGUUCAGGAUUCAGCUACUUCUACUUCCCAAAUAUUGUUUCGUCAUACUCGUUCUGCUAUUGCUGCAAAACAAUGUCUAACUGGUAUAGUAGUACAAGGAGAUACUGUUGUUCAUUUGCAAUACAUUCCUGUUAAACGAGUCAAUUACAUCACCAAGUUUAUUGCUGAUCAUACUAAGAUCGCAUUACCUAUUAUUUUAGCAUUACUUGCCACUUUUGCUGUGCUUAUUUUUGAUCCCAUUAGGCAAUGGUUUAUUGAAUACAAAAUAACUCAUAGAUCAUUGGAAAACAAAUGGUUCAAGUUGAUUUAUAUUCCAUAUCGUACCAUAAAACUGUGGAUAACCGAUAGUUUUAAUUACAUCGAUGUCCAAAUUCAGGAAGUUACCAGUGGAGGAAACAAUUCAACUGAGGAUGACACAUUUACUGAAUUAAAGGAAACAAACACAUUUUGGUAUGAGCGGCACGAAAAAUCAAAACAAUUGAAAUUAUGGAUUAUGGAAAAUAUAACUAGUUUUAUUAUUGUCAAAGGCCCACCAGGUUCAGGAAAGGAAGAGUUUAUAUUCGAUCAUACUUUAGAUCAAGAUGCGAAGUUAAAUGGGAAAAUAUUAAUGAUUCAUUGUGAUGAAUUAAGUAAAGCAAGGUCUGACAGUAUGUUGAUGAACAAUGCUGCCUCGCAACUAGGUUAUUUCCCGGUCUUUACUUGGACUAAUACAUUUUCACAAUUUGCCGAUUUAGGAGUUCAAGGUUUGACUGGGCAAAAAUCGGGGUUAAACGAAAAUAAGGAAACCAGGAUCAAAAAUAUGUUUUCAUUGACUACACAGGCAAUUAGGAAAAUCUGCGAUGAUGAAUAUCGUAAAUACGUCAGAGCAAUUGAAUACAAAAACAAAAGUCGUAAAGAUGGUGAAAAAUUAGAAGUCUUAAAGCAAGAUGAAUAUCUCCAACAUCAUCCUGAAUGUAAACCAAUCAUAGUGGUGAAUAAAUUUGCAAGACGAGGUGAUAACCAACUGAACAAUUUCAUAUUUCCAUUCAUUGCAGAAUGGUGUGCUGGAUUAGUAUCAAAUAAUAUUGCCCAUGUUAUAUUUUUAACCUCCGAUGUCGGCUGUAUGCAGCAUUUAACUGAUGCAUUACCUAACCAAGUAUUCAAAGAUAUCUCGCUUUCGGAUGCCUCAAGUCAGAGUGCAAAGCAAUAUGUUUUGGAUCAAUUACAAUCCAUCAGCAGUGAAACGAUUGAUACCUGCAUUGAGCCAUUGGGAGGUCGUAUGUUGGAUCUUCAAUCAUUUAUUCGUCGUAUUAAAUCUGGGGAAACUCCUAAUAGUGCGAUACAAGAAAUGAUUAACCAGUCAGCUGAAUUGAUAACCACAUUCUUUUUGACUAAUCAUAAGAUUGAGGAUGAUGAUAAUAAUUGGAAUGCGGCUCAGGUUUGGCAUCUUAUGAAAUUAUUGUCCAAGAAGGAUUCAGUAUCAUAUAAUGAAUUGGUCGAUCUGCCAUUAUUUAAAUCUUCAAAGGAGACAAUAAGUACGUUGUCUACUUUGGAAAAAUAUGAUUUGGUUUCGUUGAAGCGUGAUAAAGGUGUCUUGAAUAAUAUCACUACCGGUAGACCAUUGUUCAAGGCAGCAUUUAAGAAUAUCAUUCAUGAUUACAAUAUUUGGAAACUUUAUGAAUCAGAUUAUAUUUCAAACUUGAUUAGUUUGGAACAAGUCAAAAUUCAAAAAUUAGAAGAGGAAUUAACUAAUAUUGACAAGUUGAGUGGGAAAUUGGAUGGAAGGAUUGGUUAUUUAGUGAAGAAGAUUGAAGCAAGUAGUAACAAAAUCGUGAAUUAUGAACAAAAGCUUACAGAAAUUAAGAAUUAUAAACCGGAUCAAAAAUCUAAAUCAUCAUUUUUAGGAAUCUUUUAA